AUGCAUUCUUCUCCUCCAACUCUUUCUCGCGUUUCUUUUGAAGGUGUUGGUGAAGCAUCUGGUUUUCUUCCCACAUUCUACGUCUUCUUGCGUGAUUCUGGGACUGCGCCCGAGCUUGAAACUACACGCGUCUCAGUGUACUCGUGGAAAAUUGUGAAGGAAACUGUUAAAGUAGCUGUAGUUGAGAAAACAGAGGGAGACACCAAUGGUGAUCAGAAACAGUCGGAGACGGUUCCUUUCCAAGACAUAACAGAGGAAAAAGAAGAACCAAGUGAACAUGAACCACGAAAAAACCCCAUGAGAGUUCGAGUUCCGGUCGAAGCUCCAGGCGAAGACAGAGUGCAGCAACAAGAUGAAAAAACAGAGCAAAAGGACGCUAAAAACGAAGAGAAGAAGGGAAAAGAGAAUGGGAAGAGGAAGAGGGGGAAGAAGAAGAGAGGGGAAUUCGAUGGUUGUGAAGGGUACAAGACGUACGUUUUCAGCUAUAUGAACGACAUGUUCGAGAAGCUUACGAGUGAGGCAACUAAACUGUCCAUGUACACCGAUAGGAAGACAUUGUCUUCGAGGGAGAUUCAAGGUGCAGUGAGGCUGGUCUUGCCAGGGGAGCUCGGCAAACAUGCCGCUGCUGAAGGAAGUAAAGCUGUCACUAAUUUUGCUACGUACUAUAAAAAACGGUCCAAAUUGGCUUAG